UCUCAACUGACAUUUUCACCCAACUAUGCAGUCUUUGAUUUCUAUUUUUUUUCUCUUCAUUACAGAAGAAUAGGAGACCGAAAGGUCAGAUCAAGUUGAGAGGACAAGAACAAGAGUAUGAAAACAGAGACUCACAAUCUCCUAUGUGUUGUUCUAUUAAUCUCUGUCCUAUCUCUGUUCAUCAAUGGCGCCACAUCAGCAAGAAAACCUCCAGAUCCGUGUAACAGAGUCUGCGGAGGUAUAUCUAUUCCAUUUCCGUUCGGUGUCGGUGGGAAAGAUUGCUAUCUAAACCCGUGGUACGAGGUUGUCUGUAACAGCCCCUCUGUUCCGUUUCUCUCAAGGAUCAACAGAGAAUUAGUGAACAUCUCUCUUCCAGACGCUCAAGAGUACUAUUCUUACGGAGUAGUUCACAUCAAAGGCCCCGUAACUUCCUCUGGCUGUUCUACCGGAACAUCUCAACCGCUUACACCGCCGCCUUUAAACGUUGCCGGCAAAGGCAGCCCUUAUUUUCUCACGGACAAGAACCAACUCGUGGCGGUUGGUUGCAACGCCAAGGCGGUUAUGACGGAUGUCAAAUCACAGAUCAUCGGUUGCAAGUCAAGCUGUAGCGAAAGAAACAGCAGCCACGAAGCAAGAAACAGUAUUUGCAAUGGUGAUAAAUGUUGUCAGACGAGGAUACCGGAAGGGGAGCCACAAGUAAUCGGAGUCAAUUUAGAGAUCCCCGAAGGCAGCAACACAACGGCAGGAGGAUGCAGAGUUGCGUUUCUGACGAGCGAGAAGUAUUCGAGUUUGAAUAUUACGGAGCCAGAACAGUUUCAUGGCGAUGGAUACGCGGUGGUAGAGCUAGGAUGGUACUUUGAUACUUCGGAUUCUCGUGUUUUAAACCCCAUAGGUUGUAAAAACGUGUCAGAUGCAUCAGAUAAUAGCGCGUACUCGUCCGAGACGAGUUGCAUCUGCUCGUACGGCUACUUCUCUGGAUUCAGCUAUAGGAAUUGCUAUUGCAACUCCAUGGGUUACACAGGGAACCCGUUCCUUCCAGGUGGAUGUGUAGAUAUUGAUGAAUGUAAACUAGAAGAAGGACGCAAAAGGUGUAAAGACCAAAGUUGUGUGAACAGGCGCGGUUGGUUUGAGUGCCAGCCCAAGAAACCAGAGCAGCUCAAGCCGGUGUUUCAAGGUGUUCUUAUAGGUUCGGCACUGUUGCUUUUCGCCUUUGGAAUUUUCGGGUUGUACAAGUUCCUUAAAAAGCGUAGGAAGAUGAUCCGAAUGAGAAAGUUCUUCAGGCGUAACGGAGGUAUGUUGUUAAAGCAACAGCUAGCCAGAAAAGAAGGCAAUGUAGAGAUGUCAAGGAUAUUUAGCUCGAGUGAGUUGGAAAAAGCUACUGAUAACUUCAGCAAGAAUAGGGUUCUUGGGCAAGGAGGUCAAGGCACUGUAUACAAGGGAAUGUUGGUUGAUGGUAGAAUUGUUGCUGUGAAAAAGUCGAAAGUUGUGGACGAAGACAGGGUUGAAGAGUUCAUCAAUGAGGUUGUUGUUCUCGCACAAAUCAACCACAGAAACAUUGUGAAACUCUUGGGAUGUUGUCUCGAGACGGAUGUUCCAGUCUUGGUUUAUGAGUUUGUUCCCAACGGAGACUUAGGCAAGCGUCUUCAUGGUGAAUAUGACGAUUUCACGAUGACUUGGGAAGUACGUCUUCACAUUGCCAUCGAUAUCGCUGGGGCUUUGUCCUAUUUGCACUCUGCUGCAUCUUUCCCGAUAUACCACAGAGACAUCAAGACCACCAAUAUACUAUUAGAUGAGAAAUUCCGAGUUAAGGUGUCAGAUUUCGGAACUUCAAGAUCGGUGACCAUAGACCAGACUCACUUGACAACUCAAGUUGCAGGUACUUUUGGGUACGUGGAUCCAGAGUAUUUUCAAUCAAGCAAGUUUACAGACAAAAGUGAUGUGUACAGUUUUGGAGUUGUUCUCGUGGAGCUCUUAACCGGGGGAAAGCCGUCCUCCCAUGUCCGGUCUGAAGAAAACAGAGGAUUUGCAGCUCAUUUUGUCAAGGCCGUGAAAGAGAACAGAGUUCUUGACAUCGUUGACGAACGGAUCAAAGAUGAAUGCAAUCUUGACCAAGUGAUGGCUGUGGCAAAAAUCGCAACAAGGUGUUUAAAUCGAAAAGGGAAAAAGCGACCAAACAUGAGAGAGGUCUCAAUUGAAUUGGAGAGGAUUCGUUCAUCACCUUAUGAACCAGAGGGUCAUAUUGAGGAAGACGAUGAUGAAGAAGAUCAAGCCAUGGAGUUCAACAUUGAUGAUAGUUGGGAUGUUGGUAUGACUGCUCCAGCCUCCAUGUUUAAUAAUGCAUCCCCAACGUCUGACGUUGAGGCAUUAGUUCCUCUACGAACAUGGUGAUGAUCGACUCGAAUCACUGGUGCAUAUAUGUAUAUGUAUCCUCAUUUGAUAAAAAAGAAAUAUUUAUUUUCGAUUACGAAUCUCUGGUUUUCACCAUGUAAUAAUUUUGCAAUAUUAUGGAAUCAAGGAAAAAAACAACUUAAUUGGAUCAUGA